AAGUGGUCAACUUGGUGUAAGCAUCUGUUGUGGUUUGUGCAGGUCUUUAGGGAAGGGGAAGAAGAAGAGCUCAGAAGGUUGCUUUUAGAGAGAGAGAGAGAGAGAGAGAGAGAGAGAGGGAUUUUGGUUGCAGCUUUGUUGUGCAGAGAUGAAAGGAAUCCAAACAAAGCCUCUUCAGAUAUCUAAAUACUUUGUGUUAUCCCUAUUUUUCUCUCUUCCAUUCCUCCUCCUCCUCUCUCUCCGCCCUUACUACCACCGAUUUUCCACUCCGGCCACCGACAAUUCCACCCCACAACCCUCCGAUUUAAGGAUCCGACCCGGCUACACUUCCUACGACCGCUACAUAAAGAAGCAGCUCAACAAAACCCUCGACCCGAAGCUCCGAAAGAUAUGGACCACCCGCGAUUGGGACCGGAAGAUCCAGGUAUUCUCUAGAUUCUUCGAGGGUUUGAAGGGGGAAGGGCUUCUGUCCGAGGAUUCCAAAGCCCUUUGCAUCGGGGCUCGGGUCGGUCAGGAGGUGCAGGCAUUGAGGAAGAUCGGAGUCUCGGAUUCCAUCGGAAUGGACUUGGUGCCCUACCCGCCGCUCGUGAUUGAAGGCGAUUUCCACAACCAGCCCUUCGGAAACCACACUUUCGAUUUCGAAUUCUCCAAUGUUUUCGAUCACGCGCUCUACCCGGACCGAUUCGUGGCGGAGAUCGAACGGACGUUGAAGCCCGGCGGAGUCUGCGUCUUACAUGUAGCGUUAUCGGGACAUACGGAUAAGUACUCCGCCAAUGAUCUGCAUAGUGUGAAGCCGUUGGAGGCUCUGUUCCGGAGAUCGGCGGUGGUGCGCGUCGGGAAGAUCGACGGUUUUGGAUUGGACACGGAGGUUGUGUUCCGGAAAAGGAGGGACGCCAUCCAACGGUCGUAAUUCCUUGAUUACUGUUAUGAUUUUUGUAUUUACUUACGGAAGAAAAAAAAAAGAGUUUUAAUUUAUUUUAUUUAAUGAUUAAAAUUUGGGAAAAUGUAUUAGAAAAGAAAGGAAAAGAAAAAGGGAAUACAGCUGGAUUGAAAGAAACGGGUGAGAGGGUUCCAAUUGGGCAUUAUAUUAUUAGUGGGUUAAUUUAUAAUUAUUUUUUGGGUUAAUUAUUUGUGAUUGGACCA